AGGGAUAGAAUGCCUUAGUACUGUAGGGCGGGGGAUGGACAGGCUUUUGCUAUCUAGUAGGCAUUAGCUAUGAUUUCAUGAGUCUUGGUUAAUGUUCAACAUGGCCGAAACUUGGUCGCCACAAGAAGAUGGCCUGUGUCAAAUCUUACAGUUACUAAAAGAAUCCCAAUCACCCGACAAUGCUACACAACGUGCAGUUCAACAGAAAUUGGAAGAACUUAACAAAUAUCCAGAUUUCAACAACUACCUGAUAUUUGUUUUGACCAAGCUCACAUCAGAAGAUGAACCCACCAGAUCACUUAGUGGAUUGAUCUUGAAGAACAAUGUGCGAGCCCACUUCCAUAAAUUUCCUGCUCCUGUAGCAGAUUUCAUUCGUAAUGAAUGCCUGUCUGCUAUAGGAGACCCAUCACCUCUUAUACGGGCAACAGUUGGUAUUCUCAUUACUACCAUCUCCUCGAGAGGGGAACUGGCAAAUUGGCCAGAACUGUUGCCCAAGCUUUGCCAAAUGCUGGACUCUCAGGACUAUAAUGUCUGUGAAGGUGCGUUUGGAGCUCUUCAAAAAAUAUGUGAAGAUUCAUCAGAAAUCCUUGACAGUGAUGCCCUAAAUAGGCCAUUAAACAUUCUGAUUCCUAAAUUUCUUCAGUUUUUCCAACACAGUAGUUCAAAAAUCAGAUCACAUGCCUUGGCCUGUGUGAAUCAGUUCAUCAUGAGUCGGACGCAAGCUUUAAUGAUCCACAUAGAUGCAUUUCUGCAGGGUUUGAUGCAUUUGGCUGCUGAUGAUGACGCGGAAGUUCGUAAAAAUGUUUGCCGAGCGUUAGUUAUGCUUCUCGAUGUACGAAUGGAUCGGCUAGUUCCUCACAUGCAUAAUAUAAUUGAGUACAUGCUAGGCAGGACACAAGAUGGAAAUGAAACAGUUGCCUUAGAGGCUUGCGAAUUUUGGCUUUCGCUGGCAGAUCAGCCCAUUUGUAAAGAAGUUCUCAGCCCUCACCUUGCGAGGUUGGUUCCAGUUUUGGUUAAAGGGAUGAGAUACUCGGAAAUCGACAUUAUCCUUCUCAAGGGAGAUGUUGAAGAAGAUGAAAUGAUACCCGAUCGAGAGCAAGACAUUCGACCACGCUUUCACAAAUCUCGUACUCAUACGCUUCAUCGCGAAGGUGCCGAAAGUGGCCGUCCUGCCAAUGCUGAUGGAGAAAUUCCUGAAGAUGAAGAAGAUCUUGAGGAUGGCGACGAAGACGACGGCAUGGACUCGGAUAGCGCGCUGUCGGAUUGGAAUCUAAGAAAAUGCAGUGCCGCCGCUCUUGACGUUUUAGCAAAUGUUUUUAAAGACGAUUUGCUUCCUGUUCUUUUGCCGAUUCUGAAAGAGACACUUUUCCAUGCGGAUUGGGAGAUAAAAGAGUCUGGAAUUUUGGCACUUGGAGCGAUUGCCGAAGGUUGCAUGACAGGAAUGGUAGCUCAUCUUCCUGAGCUAGUCCCCUUCUUAAUCAACUGUCUGUCAGAGAAAAAAGCGCUGGUCCGUGCCAUCACUUGCUGGACUCUAAGUCGCUAUGCUCAUUGGGUUGUAGGCCAACCUCAUGAUCAGUAUUUGAAACCGCUAAUGACUGAGUUGCUAAAACGGAUCUUAGAUGGCAACAAGCGAGUUCAAGAGGCCGCUUGUUCGGCCUUUGCCACUCUUGAGGAAGAAGCAUGCACAGAAUUAGUACCCUAUUUGGGUUUCAUUCUGGAGACGCUUGUCUACGCUUUUAGCAAAUACCAGCAUAAGAACUUACUGAUUCUUUACGACGCAAUCGGUACGCUAGCAGAUUCCGUGGGUCACCAUUUAAACAAGCCCGACUACAUCAAUCUGCUGAUGCCCCCCCUAAUCACGAAGUGGAACGUGCUAAAGGACGAAGACAAGGAUUUGUUUCCAUUACUUGAAUGUUUAUCCAGUGUGGCAACUGCAUUGCAGUCUGGAUUUCUCCCCUACUGUGAACCAGUAUUUCGCCGCUGCAUAUCUUUAGUGGAGCAGACACUUAAUCAGCACAUUGCUAGUAUGCAGCAGCCCGAUCAGUUUGAAGCGCCUGACAAGGACUUCAUGAUUGUAGCCCUUGAUCUCUUGUCCGGACUAACAGAAGGACUAGGCGGACAUAUUGAACGUCUUAUAGUCGCUUCAAAUAUUAUGCAGCUUCUUUAUCAGAGCAUGCAGGAUCCCAUGCCUGAAGUUCGCCAGUCUUCGUUUGCUUUAUUGGGUGACUUGACAAAAGCUUGUUUUCAACAUGUUCUGUCAUGCUUACCCGAAUUUCUGCCUAUUCUUGGACAAAACUUGAAUCCUGAAUUUAUCUCGGUUUGUAACAACGCUACUUGGGCAAUUGGUGAGAUCGCGGUAAAACUCGGAAAUGAAAUGCACAAUUAUAUACCGUUGUUUCUGACUCAGUUAAUUGCCAUCAUCAAUCGACCUAAUACACCAAAAACGUUGUUGGAAAAUACCGCCAUUACCUUAGGUCGUCUGGGCUUUGUGUGUCCCCACGACGUGGCUCCUCAUUUGCAACAGUUCGCCCAACGAUGGUGCAUGUCGCUUCGCAACAUUCGAGAUAAUGAGGAGAAAGAUUCCGCCUUUCGGGGAAUGUGCAACAUGAUUGCUGUUAACCCUGGCGGAAUCGUUCAUGAUUUCAUCUUCUUUUGUGACGCCGUCGCCUCCUGGGUCAGUCCCCGACCUGACCUGAAGGAACAGUUUGUCAAAAUUCUCCAAGGCUUUAAAAGUCAAGUUGGUGAGGAGGGCUGGAAACGUUUCACGGAUCAAUUUCCACCACCGCUUCGCGAAAGAAUGUCGCAGCAAUAUGGUGUCUGAUAGUGCGGCAGCCGUCUACUUCCGUCACAAAUAAUUGGCGGUGAUGGUAUCUGUUGCACGGCAAAAGAGAGAUCACGCAAAUGAUAAAAGAAGAAAUCAUAUUAAAAAAAUAAUAACAAAAACAAAACAAACAAACAAAAAAAAAACUAAACAAAACACAAAAAAAAAAAAAAAAAACAAAGGAAAAAGGAAGAAAGAAAAAAAAAAAAAAAAAAGAGGGAAACUGUGUUUAGCGUUUUCCCGUCAGGCCAAAAAUAUAAUCGAUUUUUGCGGCUGAUUUCCCUACCGAAGUUCGUCAUGUCAUACCAUGGUGAAGUUAUUCUUUAUUUCUCGUAACACAUCUUGAUUUCCCUCCUUCGUUUUUUUUUUUUUUUUUUCCUCUGUUCUCGUUUCUCUAUUUUUUCUUUCUCUUUUCAAGCCUUUCCGAGGCUCUCUUAGCAUAGAUGCCGUACUCCUUUAUCCUUUUAAGAAAUUAGGUAUGAAAAUGUCUGACUGUUUUGGAUGUGGUCAAGAACCACUAUCCAAGAUUGCAGAUAGUAUGAAGGUUUAAUGCGUCCAAGUUAGAUUUCUUUGUAUGCUUAAUUUUGGUUUUUGUGGCCUGAAUCCGUAUCGACAGUCGGAAUGUCAUUUUGAUUUGUCGGCCUCGAGGCCUCGGCCAAUCAUUUUCUGUUAUGCUAUUGUAAUGGUUCUUUGCUUUUUUGCAUCCAACCUUGUCAGACGAGAGUUUUCGUAAGAAGGCCUAGGUGUACGUUCGUGUUAGUUUGUACUUCUCCAUUGUUUGUUUAAACUUCGUACCACUCGCCUCCAGCGCCAUCCGAUUAAGAAUAGGAGAGGGAAGGGGGGGAGGGCUUCGGUAAUUUUUGCCCCGUCGAUUCAAAGCGUUUUCGAUGUACUUAAACGCCAAAACAGUAGCGUCGUUCGCGCCCCGUUGUCUUUUUGUUCGAAUUCAAUGGUUUGUUCCUCCAAUUGAUACCCAAGUAAAUCAAAGUUCAUUACUAUUAGCGUUCCACUUUGAAAAAUUCGUUAGGGGGAAUUGUUUGCUUUUUAAAAAAGGGAAAUAAGUCUGUGAUAUCUGCACGCAAUGCUCAUCACUUUUUGUCGGAAUGCGUCAGUGCGAAUGAGGGAAGUCGUUUUUUUAAAUAAUAACUUGAUGCUUAAAAAAUAAUAAAGACCAUUACUUGAAAAUUGAGUCAACCAAACUCGACCCCAAUUUCAGAUGAGGCGCGAACCUUUUUUUUUUUUUUUUUACAUUAUUAUUAUUAUUUUAAAAUUCCAGGGUCGUGAUUUGUUGUUGCGCGUUAUACGGGUUGGGUAUAGGGAAAUCGUUAAACAUUAAAAAAAUUUCCUUUCUCCAUUUAGGCUUAUCCGCUAUAGCAAGGGGAUAUAAUUCUUUUUUUUCUUUUUUUUUUUUUUUUAUUUAUUUAUUUUUUUUUUUGUCUUCUAGUCUUUAAGGUCACAGUAACUUCAAAGAGGACCCAUUUAUUACCUUUUUUCCAUCUUUUUUUUUAUUUGUUUUUUUUUUCUAAUGGCGUUAUUAGGGACUUGCUCUGAAUAUUCAUAAUGAAUUUGCUGCUGGAUAAUUGGGCAGGGUAGGAAAUAAGAUGUCAAGCUGGUCAUGUCACGAAGUCGGACGUUACACUUCUACUUUGUGACUUGAUAUGUUUUGCUUCAAUCAUUUUUCCGUUUCUUUUUCCACCUUCAGAAAUAAAUCUUGAUUUCGUUCUUGAAUUCCCAUCUGCAGCCACGUGUCUCGUCCCCUAGGCCUUCACAAUUCAAUAUUGUAUAACUGCCCACCAUUGUUAGGCUAUUUUAAUGUAUCAGUGUGUGUAUCUUUCCCUAAUUGGUGAAUGUUAGGACUAAAAUCUUCUAUAGAAUGAGUAAAUGGCCAUUAAUCGUACGAGUGUUUUGUUGCUGUGGGAUUUUCACACAUUUAAAUGAUUAAGUUAUACAUUUACCAUCGCUCGUCGUUUGUAGCACUAAAAACUAAACUAUCUUUUCUCUAUUUUCGUAACUGAAUUGGCAGUUCCCUCCCACUGUGUGGCGUAUCAAAUGAUCAAUAGAUUGGGAAUUAGGUAGUUGUAUUUUGUUAUUCCUUUUUUAUUUUUUUAUUCCUUUAAUUUUUUUUUUUUUUUUUCAUUUGUCAUCCUGAUGUCAUCUGAUUGUCUACAAAAACGUAAUCUUUUUAAAUAAAUCGUGGCUAAUCUUUCCGACAA